AUGUUUGAUUUUAUUCCUCACUCGACUGAAUUGACAAAGUUGGUUGCUGCUGAAAUCACAUUAGUUUAUCACGGAAUACGUCAUGGACAUAGCUAUUUGAGUCAGGCAUGCACUGCUGAUGUCUCGAAGAAAUUGUUUCAAGAUUCAACUGUUGGAAAAAAUCUCACAUGUGGACGAACUAAAGCUUGUGAAAUUGCUGCUAAUGUUUUAGCUCCAUUUAUGAUUUCUCAAAUUACAGAAAUGAUUAAUAAAUCCGGUUUUUAUUCUUUAUCAUUCGAUGCAUCUAACAAAGGUCACAAGAAAAUGUUUCCAUUCGUUGUAAAUUACUUCACAGUUCGUGGUAUCGAACGAUCAAUGAUCGAAGUAAUUGAACUAGUCAAUGAAACAGCUGAUCAUAUUGUUGCUUCACGUCGAGAAGUAUUGCAAAUGAAUAAUAUUGAUAUUCAGAAUAUGACAUCAAUUGGUGCUGAUAAUACAAACUUAUUAUUGAAACACAUCAAUAUUCGUUGGCUUAGCCUAUAUCCGUCUAUUGAACGAUUACUCAAAGUCUUUGAUCCAUUAUCUGCUUAUUUUUUGGAUUUGGGUGACGAAGAUGCUUUUCCAUGUCCACCAAUAAUUUCAAUGUUUUUUACUUCUACUGAAGCCAAAUGUACAAUGUAUUUUUUGCACAAUGUUUUGUUUGAUUUACAGAAAAAGAGCUUGGAAUUGCAACGAUACUACGUUUCUAUUGUUGAUUUGAGUAGAAUCAUCACUAGUCUUCUUAGCAAACUUAACGACCGAUUGAAACAAAAUUAUUUUGGUUAUCAAACGAAAAUUCUAUUGAAUUCAUUGCUCGAUUCAGAUCGAAAAAAACUGAAUCAAUCAUUUAUCGAUUAUGUGUCUAGUGUAAUUAAAUAUAUUGAGAAAUAUUAUGAUGAACAAUCCGAAUUGGCUGAAUUAACUGCAGUUUUUGGCAUACGUGAAAUCGAUCAAAUAAAAUUUCAUCAAAUUGAAGAAUGUGUCGUUUUUCUCAAGUUGGAAGUUGAUCAUGAUAAAUUAUUCGAUGAAUUGAAUAUUUUACAAUCCACAUUCAAAGAAGUCAAUUCAUAUCGUGAACCAUUGAGUGAUCAAAUUCGAAAAUAUAUCGGUGAUGAUGCUCAUAAUUUCAGUGGAGAUAUAAUCAAUGAUCAAAAUAAUGAAUCACAGGAUGAAGAAGAUCUUUUUCAUAAACCAACAAUUGAAAUUCAUGAAAAAGAAAAUCAGAUUCGAUCUGAUCAACUGUGGGCAUAUCUGCUCACAGAAUCAACAACUUUAUGCAGCGUAAUGACGAAAGUUCUUGCCUAUGUUUAUUCGAUUCCUUGUUCAAAUGCAUUUGCUGAAGGUGUCUUCAGUCAUAUGAAGCACGCAUGGACACCAAGUCGAAACUCGAUGUCAACUGAAACAAUUGCUACUGAAUUAAAGAUAAGAUUAAAUAGCAAGAUAAAAUGUGAAGAUUUUUAUUCUUUUGCACAAUCUCAACCAGAAUUGAUUAAAUCUGCUAAAAGCAAGCAGAAAUACAGUUAUGUAAAAAAACGUGUAUUAGCUAAUGCAAACAGAGAAGAUUUACUUUAA